AUGGUUAUGGGAGGUGACUUCAGACAGGUGUUGCCGGUUACUAAACAUGGCACUCGAGCACAGAUUGUAGACUCCAGCGCACGAAUGUCACCUCUUUGGUCUUUGACUAAGAAGAUGCGGUUGACCAUAAAUAUGAGAGCGCUGGAAGAUCCAUGGUUUUCUAAAUUUCUUUUAAGAGUCGGCGAUGGAACUGAAGAACCAAUCGAAGGAAACUAUAUCCGCAUACCCGAUGACAUGACAAUUCAGUGCAACAACAGAGAAAACGCUAUAAAAGAAUUGAUCCAUGCCAUCUUUCUAUCAACUGAAGAUAAUGUAUAUUCUUCAGAUUAUAUAAUCUCUAGAGCAAUAUUGUCCACUAAAAAUGAGAGUGUUGACGAGAUUAAUAAUCAAAUGAUUGAAAUUUUUGAAGGGGAGGAAAAAUUUUAUUACAGUUUUGAUGAAGCUGAAGACGAUCAGCGCAACUUCUAUCCGGUCGAGUUCUUAAACUCGCUAAAUGUUAGUGGUUUGCCGCCUCAUAAGCUUCGUUUAAAAAUUGGAUGCCCAAUAUUGGUCAACAUGCCGGAAAAAGAGUUUUUUUUGCCAAGAAUCCCUCUAACCCUUUCUGAAGAUGACAUGUUCCCAUUCAAGCUGAAAAGAAAACAAUUUCCAAUUCGACUUAGCUUUUCCAUGAUGAUUAAUAAAGCUCAAGGUCAAACAAUUCCGAACGUUGGUAUUUAUCUACCGGAUUCUGUAUUUUCACAUGGACAACUUUAUGUAGCGUUAUCAAGAGGGAUUUCAAGACAAAGUACGAAGGUGUUGGUACAUCUCGCCAAAGAAUUCAAACAACGCGGAGUUUACACAUCAAAUGUUGUCUACCAGGAAGUGUUGCGUGAUUAA